UAGCAAAAGUAUGGUCAGUGAUUAUAUAAUAUAUAAUACUAGAUGAACUAUGAGAAGAAGCAGAUCAGAAGCAAGAGAAGUCAACAUAGAUUAGAUGAAUAAAAGAAGCAGGACUCGUUGUAGUUGCUUUCUGCUGCUUGUUUUUUUCUUCGGUUUAUUGGAUCCGCCAUUAAUUUCUUCUUCCUCAGAAGCAGAAUCAAUAAUCGGCCGUGGCUACAGCCUCCGAUCAGUCACCGCCGGAAAAUCUUUGACCGCUCAUCUACAGCUCAUCAAUGGUUCCUCUGUUUUCGGACCUGACGUUCAACUCCUCUCCCUCACCGCCAGCUUCGAAACAAAAGACCGUCUGAGAAUCACAAUAACCGACGCCAACAAACCCCGUUGGGAAAUUCCAAACAACAUUCUCCCCCGCCAAAAUCAUGAGAAGAACCACCACCACCACCCACCACCCCUUCACCACCGCUCUCCGCCGCUCCUCUCCCACCCCAGCUCAGAUUUCAUCUUCACCCUCCAAAACACCACCCCUUUCGGCUUCACUGUCAGCCGCCGCUCCUCCGGUGACACCCUCUUCAAUACCACCCCGUCCCACAACACACCCUCCACAUAUCUCAUCUUCAAAGACCAAUACCUCCAGCUCACCUCUUCUCUGCCGCCUCACACCUCAAAUCUUUACGGCAUCGGAGAGCACACAAAGGGUUCUUUCAGGCUGCAGCCUAAUCAGACACUUACCCUUUGGAAUGCCGACAUUGCUAGUGCCAACACCGAUGUCAAUUUGUACGGGUCCCACCCUUUUUAUAUGGAUAUCAGGUCUCCGAAGGGCAAAACUCAUGGAGUAUUGCUGCUCAACAGUAACGGAAUGGAUGUUGUAUAUACCGGUGAUAGGAUUGCCUACAAGGUGAUCGGUGGAGUGCUCGACCUGUAUUUCUUUGCCGGGCCAACUCCAGAAAUGGUUAUCGAACAGUAUACUGACCUCAUUGGACGCCCUGCCCCGAUGCCUUACUGGUCUUUCGGGUUUCAUCAGUGUCGCUACGGUUACGAAGAUGUCUAUGAUCUUGAGAAUGUGGUUGCUGGUUAUGCAAAAGCUAAGAUUCCUCUAGAAGUUAUGUGGACGGAUAUUGAUUACAUGGACGGUUACAAAGAUUUCACUCUUGAUCCCAUUAAUUUUCCAGCUGAUAAGAUGAAGAAAUUUGUGGAUCAACUUCACAAGAAUGGUCAGAAGUACGUGGUUAUCGUAGAUCCUGGCAUCAGUGUGAACGAGACAUAUCCUACAUACGUAAGAGGGAUGAAAGCUGAAAUCUUUAUAAAACGUGAUGGUGUUCCUUACCUCGGUAAAGUUUGGCCUGGAUUAACUUACUUCCCCGACUUUCUGAACCCGUCCAGCGAAUCCUUUUGGAGCAAUGAGAUAAGAAUAUUCCUCGACCUUCUCCCAGUUGAUGGGAUCUGGAUUGACAUGAACGAGCUGUCAAAUUUCAUUUCCUCGCCUGCAAAUCCAUCUUCUACAAUAGACGAUCCUCCCUAUAAGAUAAACAACUCGGGUUAUCAGCGUCCAAUCAAUGAGAAAACUGUUGCAGCAACAUCACUGCAUUUCGGAAAUGUCACAGAGUACAACAUUCACAAUCUCUACGGAUUUUUGGAAUCGAGAGCUACUAAUGCUGCUUUAGCUAAUGUAACUGGAAAAAGGCCAUUUGUGCUGAGUAGGUCUACUUUUGUGGGUUCUGGCAAAUACACUGCACACUGGACUGGUGAUAAUGCUGCAACAUGGAGUGACUUGGCUUACACAAUCCCAAGCAUCUUAAAUUUUGGACUGUUUGGUAUUCCGAUGGUUGGAGCCGAUAUAUGCGGUUUUUCAGGAAACACAACCGAAGAACUUUGUAGGCGAUGGAUUCAGUUAGGAGCAUUUUAUCCCUUUGCUAGAGACCACUCUUCGAUCGGAACCAGUCGUCAAGAACUGUACAUCUGGAAGUCAGUUGCGGCAACAGCUAGGAAAGUGUUGGGAUUUCGUUACAGGCUAUUACCGUACUUUUACACGUUAAUGUACGAGGCGCACUCUAAAGGCAUACCUAUUGCACGACCUAUUUUCUUCUCAUUUCCCGACGAUACAAAGACUUACGAAAUCAGCUCCCAGUUUCUUCUUGGCAAGGGAGUGAUGGUUUCGCCUGUACUGGUGUCUGGUGCAGUUUCUGUUGAUGCAUAUUUCCCAGCAGGAAACUGGUUCGACCUCUUCGACUACUCACACUCACUGACUUUAGAAAAGGGGGAAUACGUAAAGCUCGAUGCGCCUCCUGAUCACAUCAACGUGCAUGUUCGUGAAGGAAAUAUAUUAGGUAUGCAAGGAGAAGCAAUGACAACACAAGAAGCACGAAACACACCUUUCGAAUUGUUGGUAGUAAUGAGCAGCCACGGGAAUAGCUCAGGAGAAAUCUUCAUGGAUAAUGGAGAGGAUGUAGAAAUUGCAGGCAAGGGAGGAAGGUGGAGUAUCGUAAGAUUUACCAGUGGUUUCGUCAGAAAUAAACUGAUUCUUGAAUCUGAGGUUAUAAACGAAGAAUUUGCUGUGAGUCAGAACUGGAUCAUUGGUAAGGUGACGUUUCUUGGAUUGACGAGGGAUUUCAAAAGGAUUAAAGGAUGUGGAUUAAGUACUCGAGCAGGGAUGGACAACGGAAUGGCUAUAAAAGUUGAAGAAAACCACAAUGGAUUUGUUACUUUGGAAGUGUCGAAACUGUCGAUGCUUAUAGGGAAAGAGUUCAAGAUGGAGAUUGUACCUGACAAGCAAAUUAGAGCAGUGUAUAAUGGGGUAACGCAAAUAUGAUUUCGGCAGAUAAUUAAUUACGUUUGGACAAUAUAGUCAAAUCUGUCGUUCAAAAAAACUUGCUGCUUUUCUUCCGUUUUCUAGGAAAUAAAAUUUCAAAAUGUUGAAAUAUAUCAGCCUCCUUUUAAGGAUGUUCCAGUGCCGUUAAGUCCAGUGAUCAAUCGACCAGAUAAAGCUCACACUCACAAUUGAAAAUAAUUUAUUUACUGAUCUCUUUGUAUGUAUAGUUAAUGAAAUUAACUGGAAA